AUACGGAGCUACGCUCUGAAGUCCGUGGAUCGUGAGUCGCUGUGUGGAUCGUAUUCGUCCUCAUAGAACGAUUGCUUCGCGUGUUUGUCAAAUAUAAAAGUUAAUUGCAUCUAAAAGAAUAAAGUCGAUUGUCCAAUUUCCUGUUUGAAACUAUCUUAAAAAAAGACACAGAAAGAUGACGGCAACUGGGGAAGUCGCCGGAAGUGAUGAGAUCGGUGUGAUAACUAUAUCCGCACCGGAUAUCCGCACCUCACCGAUGCCCAACGGCAAUGGAAGUCACAAGACCAGCAACAUUAUUGUCGAUAGUCAACCCAAAAGACGGGUCAGCAUUAUCUCCGAUGUGCCGAUGAAUAUCGGGGCCGGGGGUUACGACAAUCCCGCAUUUGAGCAAAAUCCCAGACGUAAAAUAUCCCAGACGUCGACACAUUCGCACUCGGAAAUUGGUCCGUCCAGAAGAAGAAGUAUUUUAAAAGAAGUCUCACCACCUGACAAUGAAAGCGAUCGUGGAUCUACGCACAGUUUUGAGAAUUAUAGACAGGGUGCGUUGGAUGGACUUAAUGGAAAGUAUCACGGACAUCAGCAGACUCUGCCGAGCUCACAUGAUAGCACAAAUUAUGUGGAGCAAUCGUGGAUGUAUUCAUUCUGUUUGAAAUGUCGCGGCGAAGAACCUUCCGAGGCUUGGGAGCCACCUUUCUGGCAGAAGAUCUUCCCUUAUCCACUCUGUCCUACGUUCAGGACAUUCUCUCGUCUCAUUGUACUUAUUCUUAUUGGUGUACUCCUUUGGAUUGUAGCAUAUGUGAUUAUUGGAAAUACAGCUGCUCCUGGCGGGCAACUGUUUAGUCUGGUGGUCCUUACAGUGGCUGCUAAUUUUGGUGGCUAUAUUAUAUCCUUGACCACUUUGCCACGCCUCAUCGGCAUGCUGCUGGUGGGAAUACUUUUCCAGAAUGUUGGCUGGGUGGAUCUCGAUGGUGACUUCUCCAUAGUGACGGGACAUUUGCGAAAGUUUGCGCUCACCAUAAUCCUUACUCGAGCUGGACUCGAAAUGGAACCGGAAGCCUUCAAGAAGGUGUACAAGACCAUUCUCAAACUGGGCAUUGUGCCCUGGAUUGUGGAGGCAGCUGUCAUGACGAUUAUGUCGCAUUUUCUGCUGGAUUUGCCCUGGAUGUGGGGAUGUCUUCUGGGCGCCAUCAUUGCCGCCAUUUCCCCAGCUGUCGUUGUUCCUUGUCUGUUCCGGCUACGCACCAAGGGAUAUGGUGUGGCCAAGGGGAUUCCCACUCUGGUGGUCGCCGUGGCUGGAGUUGAUGAUGCUCUUUCUGUUGCCAUCUUUGGCAUUGUGAGCACGAUUAUGUUCUCGGACAAGGGAUUGGGAUAUCAGAUUGCCCAGGCGCCUGUCUGCAUCCUGGGUGGACUUGGUUUUGGCGUCAUCUGGGGCUCGUUGGCACGCAUCUUUCCCGAGAAGGGAGAUGCCUAUGUGGUGCCACUACGUACUCUGAUGCUCUUCGCGGGAAAUCUGGUUGCCAUCUAUGGCAGCGAGGAAUUAGGCUUCGAGGGCGCUGGACCCUUGGCCGUGGUCUUUUCAUCCUUCGUAUCGAAUCUGUUCUGGUGCAAGGAUGGCUGGGAAGUCGAUGAUAAUCCCGUGUCCACGGCCUUUGAGAUCUUCUGGAUGAUCUUCGAGCCGAUCCUCUUUGGUCUCACUGGCGCCACGAUCAAGAUCAGCGAGCUGGACUCGCACACCGUCUCCAUUGGCGCCGCCUGUAUCUUCACUGGGGUCAUCAUCCGCAUCUUUGUCACAGCUGGAAUUGCCGUUGGUGAUCGCCUGAAUACCAAGGAAAAGUUUUUUGUGGGUCUCUCCUGGAUGGCCAAGGCGACGGUACAGGCCGCUCUCGGGCCUGUGGCCCUAAAGAAUCUGGGCAGUGAUGCCACCGCCGAAGAACGCAACUGGGCAGAAAUUGUUCAGACAAUUUGUGUCUUCAGUAUUGUAUUAACAGCUCCUUUGGGUGCCAUUCUGAUAUCCGUCACAGGCACCAGGAUGUUGACCAAGACGAAGCAGCCACAAAUCUUAACUGGAUGGCGUCGCAGUCAUCGUCCUUCCAUUCGCGACAUUAGUAUCAUCGAUGAGGAGGAGGAACGUGAUGAUCCCGAGAUACCCACUGACAAGGAGACCCAUGAUAAUACCCAAAGUAAUGCGCAUUUAACAAACUUAACUUAUACCGCAAAUAAGUAAAGCCCCAAUCUCGGUUUUCAUUGCGUCACAUUUCCAGUUUUGUUGGAUUAAGAUAUAAUGUUGAAUGUUAUUAUACAAUAGAUAAAUGGAGUUACAUUCCAAAUAAAUAUUAAGUUGAAAAAAUUUCA